UGUGCCGCCAUGCCUCAGCCACAGGCUGCUCACGGGCCUAGGCGCGGUGGCCCGAGAUAGGGGCCCCUGAGCCUCCCGGGGGAGGAGAGAGGCAGCGAGCCGCGCGCUCCGCCCCCUCCCCCCGGGCCGCCGACGCCGCCUCGCCGCCCCAGCCUGGCGGGAGGAGGAGGAGGAGCAGCAGGCCUCCGGGCCCGGCGCCGCCGCCCGCAGGAUAUUUCUGAUUCAUUUGCAUCCUUGAAGAGCAUCUGUAGAAGAGGAAGUAAAAGAUGGGUGUGAAAACAUUUACUCAUAGCUCCUCUUCCCACAGCCAGGAAAUGCUUGGAAAGCUAAAUAUGCUGCGAAAUGAUGGACAUUUUUGUGAUAUCACUAUUCGUGUCCAGGACAAAAUCUUCCGGGCACAUAAGGUGGUACUAGCAGCUUGCAGUGAUUUCUUUCGCACCAAACUUGUAGGCCAAGCCGAGGAUGAGAACAAGAAUGUGUUGGAUCUGCAUCAUGUUACAGUGACUGGCUUUAUACCCCUUUUAGAAUAUGCUUACACAGCCACUCUAUCGAUUAACACAGAAAAUAUUAUUGAUGUUCUAGCAGCAGCCAGCUAUAUGCAAAUGUUCAGUGUUGCCAGCACCUGCUCAGAGUUCAUGAAAUCAAGCAUUUUAUGGAAUACACCCAACAGCCAACCUGAAAAGGGUCUAGAUGCUGGGCAAGAAAAUAAUUCUAACUGCAAUUUUACUUCUCGAGAUGGGAGCAUUUCUCCCGUGUCCUCAGAGUGCAGUGUGGUAGAAAGAACGAUUCCUGUCUGCCGAGAAUCCCGGAGAAAGCGCAAAAGCUACAUUGUUAUGUCUCCUGAGAGUCCUGUAAAGUGUAGCACACAAACAAGUUCACCCCAGGUACUGAAUUCUUCAGCUUCCUACUCAGAAAAUAGAAACCAACCAGUUGACUCUUCCUUAGCUUUUCCCUGGACUUUUCCUUUUGGAAUUGAUCGAAGGAUUCAGCCUGAGAAAGUUAAGCAAGGAGAAAAUACCCGGACUUUAGAAUUACCUGGCCCGUCUGAAACUGGUAGAAGAAUGACUGAUUAUGUGACUUGUGAGAGCACAAAAACUACCUUGCCCUUAGGUUCCGAAGAAGAUGUCCGGGUCAAAGUAGAAAGGUUAAGUGACGAGGAAGUCCAUGAGGAAGUGUCCCAGCCUGUCAGUGCAUCUCAGAGUUCCCUGAGUGAUCAGCAGACAGUUCCAGGAAGUGAACAAGUCCAAGAGGACCUUCUGAUUAGUCCACAGUCUUCCUCUAUAGGUUCAGUAGAUGAAGGCGUUACUGAGGGGUUGCCUACACUUCAAAGCACGUCUAGCACUAAUGCUCCUGCGGAUGAUGACGAUCGAUUGGAAAAUGUUCAGUAUCCCUACCAACUCUACAUUGCUCCUUCUACCAGCAGUACAGAACGACCAAGUCCAAAUGGUCCAGACAGACCUUUUCAGUGUCCAACCUGCGGGGUGCGAUUCACCCGUAUUCAGAACCUAAAACAGCACAUGCUCAUCCACUCAGGAAUUAAACCAUUUCAGUGUGACCGCUGUGGGAAAAAGUUCACCAGGGCUUACUCGCUAAAGAUGCAUCGCCUAAAGCAUGAAGGUAAACGCUGUUUCCGGUGCCAGAUAUGUAGUGCCACUUUCACUUCCUUCGGGGAAUAUAAACACCACAUGAGGGUUUCCCGGCACAUUAUCCGCAAGCCUCGGAUUUACGAGUGCAAAACAUGUGGCGCCAUGUUCACCAACUCUGGAAAUUUAAUCGUGCACCUGAGGAGUCUGAACCAUGAAGCAUCAGAGCUAGCAAACUACUUCCAGAGCAGUGAUUUCCUAGUGCCGGACUACUUAAACCAGGAACAAGAAGAGACCCUUGUUCAAUAUGAUCUUGGAGAACACGGUUUUGAAAGCAACUCCUCUGUUCAAAUGCCUGUAAUUUCGCAGGUCUCCUCGACCCAGAAUUGUGAAAGCACUUUUCCCUUGGGGUCUCUUGGUGGGCUGGCAGAAAAAGAGGAAGAAGUGCCCGAGCAGCCAAAGACCAGUGCUUGUGCCGAGGCAACCAGAGAUGACCCCCCAAAGUCAGAGCUGUCUUCUAUAACUAUUGAGUAAUUUUGUGAUUUGGCUUCAUUUUUGUUUUUUGGAAAGUGCCUGUGCUUGGUCUUGUACAUUUAAAUUAAAUUUAAUUUUUUAAACAAAAAAAGCUGGGCAGCAGGGGAGGGGGAGAUUGGGAAAGAAUUUCCCUUUUUACUUUCUGAGCCCUGAAACUAAUUUUAUUUUUCAUAAAUGAGAGAUUGCUUCUGUAAGUACACAAUAACAUGAUAUUGAAACAGAAACUACGAGACUUAAGGAGAACUGGUUGACUUAAAACAUUCAUACACCAGUUUCCUCUAUUGUUAAAAGUAGGCUAACAACACAUCAUUAGCUAGAGAGGAAAUCAGAUGAUUAUUGACCUUCUUGAGAUGAAAAAGUACACAAGAAACUACUAAACAGUUUGACAAAUGGCCUGAAUAGAUACUUACUGCUGUACACAGAAUGUUGUAUAAUAUUUUGUAAAGCCUGUUGUUUCUGGAAGUAUUUAUGGUAAGCUUUCUUAAAAAUUAUUAGGGUAAAUACUUCCGAAAUCCAGCAUACUUUUUUCUUUAAAGCCUUGUCAUUUCUAUUAUGUUUUUUCCUGGUGAAAUUUUGGUACUGCAGUGGGCAUUCUCUGUACCUUUAUAGUACCACUCCAAAGGCAAAGAACUAUGAUUGACAACAGUCAAGCUGUGGAUGAAAUGACCAGGAAUGGAGAGUGAAGUAUGUAAAUCUCAGCUUCAUAGGAACUUUUCAUAUUGCUUUUCUGACUAAAAUUGCUGUUUACCUGGUCUCUGAAUGUUAACGUCUAAUUUAAGUCAUUGCCCAAAUCAGUUAAUCAGUUUUCCUCUUGCCCCAUCAAUAUGUUCUCUUGCAUAUAUUGGCCUGCUGCCAUAUAAAUUAAAAUGUUAGAGAUAUUCUAUAUUUUACAUAUAGGUUGAUGUGUUGUUGGGGAUGUUUUUGUUGUGCUCUUUUGGAUGUAAUAAAGAAUUCUCUAUUGAGGCUAUAUUCUAUUUUUUCCUUUUUUUUUUUUUUUAAAGAGGGUGGCAUCUCACUCUGUUGCUCAGGCUGGAAGUGUAGUGGCUCAGUCAUAGCUCACUGCAGAUUCAAACUCCUGGGCUCAGGCGAUUCUCCUGCCUCAGCCUCUUGAGUAGCUAGAAUUAUAGGCAUGCUCCACCACACCUGGCUAAUUUUAUUUUUAUUUUUUAUAGAGAUGAGAUCUCACUAUGCUGCCCAGGCUGGUCUUGAACUCCUAGGUCAAGUGAUCCUCCUCCCUUGGCCUCCCAAACUGCUAGGAUCACUGCAGCUGGCCAAGGCUACAUUCUUAACCCAACUAGAUUGUUUACCAAAUCCCAUAUGACAGCAAUACAUUGUCUUUACAUAUUUUUAGACAUUGCAAAGUUAUUUAAAGCAAUUACUAUAGUUUUUACACAAUGUAGGCAGCAAUGUAAAAGAUGAGAAUAGGCUGUAAGAUUUUCAUCUAUGACUCAUAAAUCUGGGAGAAAAAAUUGUUAAUACUAAUGAGAAACUGAAAACCUUAAAGCAAUGAAUAUUACCAUUUCUGCUGCUAAAAAUAUGAAAUUUUUUGGUGUGUAGUUGAAAUUUUUAUGAUUCUCUAGACUUGGGUAUACUUUUUAUCUGGUGCCAUUAAAGCAUCUCCAAUAUUUAUCCUAAAUAUUUGUAAGUCCGUGAACAGUGAACAUUUGAAUAAGUUUCUGUGUAGAUACCCAAAGUUUAAUAAUUAUGAGACCACCUGAUUUGAUUAGAAAAGAGACAGAAAAUACAGCUCUUUAGUCAACACAAGAUCUGAAUUUUGUUCAGGUUCUAAACCAUACCAAAUGUAUAUAUUUUUAAUUAAAGUGAUUUGUUUCAGUUUUAGAAAUUGGCUAAUUCUGUAAUUUUUUCCCAAAAAAAAAGAAAGGAAAAGGAAAUUACAUUUUUUUAGGAUUGUUUUAGGUUAAGAUUGUCUCUGCCCAUAUUCUGCAGUCCUUAACUUGUUUUCAGCUCUUUACCCCACUCAUGGACUUGUUUUUACCCAUUUGCUCUCAAACAUAGGUGUGUUACCUUCAGGAGAAUCAACAUACACAGGUUAUGAUAGGCUUCCACCAUUUAUGCUUCUUUACUGAUGGGUUGAAUUACUUUCUGCAGCAAACUGUAAUACUUCAUGUAAUACUGCUGUUUCUCAACUGGAAAGGUCAGGAAUUUUUAUUUUAAUGUCACAUUGUGGUCUUUGAAAACUGUCGUGCCUACCAAUAGAUAAAUCUCAAAAUUAAUUUUAAAAUCUAUAUUGACAAGAAUAGGUAAAAUUAUAAUCAGGAAUUAUUGUUACUCUUAGUUGCAAGAGGUUAUUUGUUUUUGAAAGAGCAAGACGAAAGGGGGGGGAAGGAAAGAAGAAUAAAGAAGAUAAAUGUAUAACAAUUGUUUGCAGAUUUAUUGGUUACAAGUGUUUUGUUUUUUAGCUCAUUCCCUACCUUGAAAACUUUAAGAGAGCCAAGCACAAUUUUGGUAGUUGUAAGAUACUCUGUUUUCUCAGAAUGAAGGAUUACCCAUCACUGGGUAUUCUUUCCCAAGUAGAAAUUUUAGGUUUUCAUUGGUAAUUAUAAAUGGUCAGGUUUUAUGGGAAAUCUAAAAAUACUGUAAAAAUGCAGAUCUGGUUAGUUGUCUCUUGCCCAGAUCUUACCAAUACCAGUAACUAACCAGUACUUAACAUAAAAUGAUACAAAGGCCUUUUUCUAUUUCAGUGAGAGUCUACAUUUUUCUUGAUAUAUGUACUUUAAGGAUACUGGAUCUGUUUUAUGAAACAAAUUUGCAAGGGAUAAUUGUAUAUAUAGUGGUAUUUAGAUUUAUUUCAAAUUCAUCUUAGAAAGGGAUGCCUAGAUGCAUAAUUUUUACCAGGACAUAUUGAAAAUAUUGCAAAGAGCCAGCUAUAUUAUCCCAUUCAUUAGAAAUUACAAAUGUAACUAAACAUAAAUAUUCCAGUUUAGAGUACUUAAACAUAGCUAUCUUUCUUAAGGCCAGGAAGGUAACUUUGUGGUAUCUAAAGGGCUUAAAUUUCAGAAUGCAGAAUAAGUUGCCUUUUUAAAACCAAGCAUUUUAUACAAGAGCUUUUAUUUUCACUUUUUUAACUACCAAAUAGGUAUGAUGUACUUUAGAAGUAAACAAAGAUGUUCACCCAUGAUAAUAGAUGUUAAAGCUCCUGCAGUUCUCUUCAUAAAGGGUAUAUUCUAAUAGUGGAAGCAUCUAGCAUGUCAGUGAUUUCAUCUAAUUCAGAAGCAAAGGGAUUAAUAUUGGUCUUUUUUUUUUUUUUUUGGCAUUUUAAGUUUUAUAUAAAUGGAUGCAGAUGGAGAUUAUCACCCACAAAUAUAUUUAAAUAGAUUUUUCUUAAUUUGAAUUUCAGGUAAUCUUUUUAUUUCAAGUAAUUAGUUAUGCAUUGAGUUACAUUGCCAGUUUUGUUUUUUUAAGUUCUCAAUUUCAGUAAGACAAAAUAUACUAAAAUGUUUAAAUAGCCUCAUUCAGUCUUGCAUUUUGACAUUUCAACAACCAUUCUGGCUUACAGUAAUUAGGUCCCCUGUUAUGACACAUGCCCUUUAGUCUUAAAAACUAGCAAAAAA